AUGCAAAAUGCUACACCUAAGCCAAUUACAACUACUACGCUCAAUACCAAAACUACACCAUCUAACUCUGCACCGCCCACUAACACAACUACGCCAACUAUCACAACAACGCCCACCACGACAACCACGCCAACUACCACAACUACGCUCAAUUCUACAACUAUGUCCACUUCUGUGCCAACUACAGUAACGUCGCACACUAACGCUAUUACGCUCAAUACAACUGCGCACACUACCAUUACUACGCCCACUACCACUACUGCACUUAUUACCAAUACAAUGCUUACUGCCACAACUGCGCCCACUUUUUCAACUACGGCCAAUUCCACAACUUCUUCCACUACCAAAGUUACACCCACCACCACUAUGACGUUAAAUACCACAAGUACGCUCGAUACCGCAGUGACGUUGAUUGUCCCAAAUACAACUACAACCUCUUCUAAACCCACUUCUCAAACUACGCCUAAUACCGCUACUUCACUCAAUAUUACCACUACGGCGCCCACUACCAUUACGUCACCUGCAACCGCUACUAUAUCUUCUUCUAUAACUGCGCCUACUACGACUACUUCAUCCACUACUAAGUAUUCUACCGCUACUAGGUCUACUACCACUACUAAGCCCACCACCAUCUCUACGCUUACCUCUACUACUACUACUACGCCUGCUAAACGAACUUCUAGACCUGCGCCCGAUACCACUACUUCAACCACUUCUAACACUUAUACGCACACAACCACUACAUUACCUACUACUGUCACUAUUACGCCCACUUCCACUAUUACGCCCACUUCUGUUGCUACACCCACUACCACUAUUAUGCCCCUCAUCCCUAUUAAGACCACUUCCAAAUCUCUUUCAUAUUCCAACGUGAUAUCUGAUAGAUUUACAACAGCUUCAGAGUUAGUAAGAACAGUUGGCAUGGGAAUGACAACAAAUCUUGUAUUACAAAAUACAACUGAUAUGCAGAAAUCAACAACUAUGCAACAAACUAUCACGCCUAUCACUAUAACAUACGCUGAGAGAACAAAUCAAAUAGCUACAACCUCUCCAAUUCCUACAAUCAAUCCUUCCUCUACAGCAAAUCGAACUGAUACAACCAUAAUCUUUACAACAACAAGACCGACUUCCGCAGCCACGCCCACUACCACAUUUGCUCCCAUUACCAUGUCUACAUCCAUUUCAAAUUUAUCUCAUGGCAAUGUCAUGCCUGAUCAAUUGACAACAGGAACCGACAUAAUAAAUGAGACUGUUGGCUUAGAUAUGUCAACAGAUGAUGCAUUACCAAGUACAACUAAUAACGCGAAAUUACCGACAAUGGAACUAAAUAUCAUGCAUACCACAAUAACAUCCACAGAUAAAAACAAGCCCGUUACUACAGCCAAUCCCACAUCUACAGCCACACUCAAAUCACUAAACACACAGACCACAACACAAAUGACAAUUGGCAAACGUAAUGGUGAUAUAACAAAGCCUUUUACUAUACCUAAGUCCACAAUCACAACCAUGCCCAUAACAACCAACAUGUCUACUACCCCUACCAACACAUCGUCCGUGUCUAUUUCAAAUAUCUCUCAUUCCGGCUUCAUAUCGAAUCAAUUGAUAACAGCUACUGAUUUACUAAAUAGGAUGAUUGGCACGGAAACAACCGAUUUUGUAUUUCAAAAAACAUCUCAUAAUGGUAAAAUGACAACAGUACAUCAAACAUCCACGCCUACCACUUUAACGUACACUGAUACAACCAAUCAAACUACUACAACCACUUUCCCACCUACACUCAUACACACUAUCCCAGCCACGAAAAAUGCUUCAACCACCGUUUCAACAAUAACUACACCAACUACCACACUCACGCUCACUUCCAAAACUACACCCAUCACCAUUCCCCUAACUAUUUCAACUCUCUUUAAUCUUAAUGUCUCAUACGAUCGAUUGACAACAGUUUCUGGACAAGUUCCUGAAACAGCUGACUUGCAAGCGACAAGCAAUUCUUUACUACAAAAUACGCCUGAUAAAGUGAAUACAAAGAUCACGCAACAAUCUACCACGCCUACUUCAAAACGAUCCCCCGAUAUAAGCAUGCCAAUUUCAGAAUCAGAAAAUAGAACAGUUGGCACUGUGAAGGCAACAACUCUUGUGCUACAAAAUACAAAUGAUAUAGUAGAAGCAACGUCCAUCCCAACAAUUACCACGCCCUUCACAAUAAUAUUCACAGAUUUAACUAAACCUAUUAUAACGAAUACACCCAACACCACAACCCAACCCAAUACUAUGAAUUCACUUACCAUCGCAACAAAAACCUCUUCUACUACAACACGUAACACAUCAGAUUAUCCUAAUGCUACAACCCUGUCCACCUCUGCCUCCACGUCUACAAAACCCUCUUCUACUACAACACGUAACACAUCAGAUUAUCCUAAUACUACAACCCUGUCCACCUUUGCCUCCACGUCUACAAUUACAACCACAAAUACCAUACCAACAACAACCAAAACUUUGCCCGCUAGGCCUAUGUCAACAAUAACGACGUUAAUCACACAAACAACAAAUACACCAGCAACUAAACAGAAUUCUACAAUAUCGGCACCUGCUGUGAAAACUAAGUUUGUUUUCGAUCGUGCGACCGAAACAGCAGCGUCUUCAAAACCUCUGCAUGUUUUCAAAUCUUCAAAAGAAAGUCCUACGACUUUUGAAGCAGUAAAUGAUGACCACAGUCUUGUGCAAUCCAAAAAAACGCGGUUAUUGGAAGAGACACGAAACAUCAAGUAUCGGUAUAAAACUGCGAUGGAGCAGCAAAUGAUCGAACCAAAAUAUGCAUCUACAACAAAAACACGAGGUACAGGACCACAAGAUUUAGCUGCAAUAAAUAGCAAGCCUACAAGCAAAGCAAUUCCGAUCAGAGCGCUGAUAAAAAACACUCGAACACCUUAUAAUAGCAUCAGUAAAGUUAAGUAUCACCCAUUACCGAAUAAAGUCAACAAAAUAAGGACAAAUGACUACGUACAAACCACACUUGAAAAAGUGAAGGUAAGUCAACAAAAACCGAGUCUAGUUGACAAAUCGAGGACAUAUAACCACGUACCAAGUACAAUAGAUAAAGUGAGGUCAAGUUACAAUGAACCAAGUAUUGUGAACAAAGUGGAAACAAGUAAACCCCUACCAGGUGCGGUGGACAAAUUUAUAAAAGCAAAUCCCCCUGUACAAAGUUCAGUUGACAAGGAGGUGAGGACAGUUCACCAUUUCCAAAGGGCAGUUGAUAAACCGAAGACAACUAAACGUUUACCAAAUAUAAUCGACAAAGUACGGACAAAUUACAACGCACAAAGAACAGUCAACAAAGAGAGGACGAAUUACAACGUAAAAAGUACAGUCAACAUAGACAGAACAAAUUACAAUGUACAAACUGCAGUCAACAAAGAGAAGACAAAUAAGCACGUACAAUUUGUACCAAGUAAAUUUGACAAAGUGAGAAAGAUUUCCAACGUUACCAAUAGUGUCAAAAAUUUAAAAACAAAUUACCCUACACAAAGUACAGUCGACAAUGAAGUGUGGAUCAACCGCCAUGUACCAAGUAGUGUAAGCAAAGUGAGUACUAAUACCGAAGUACCAAGAACAGUCCAUGCGGAAGGGAAUCUCGACCAAACAAGAACACCUUACCGUGUAUUUGAUAUAGGUAACAAAAUGGGAAUAAAUCAACACGUAUCAAAUACAGUCAACAAGGAUGUGAAAAUAGAUCACCGCGAACCAGGUAUACUCCAAAAUGUAAAGACAAAUCACAUCGGUCAAGGAACAGUCGACAGCGUGAGUACAACUCAAGAAAAGAAAAAUCAACUUGUUCCAAAUAUGCUCAAAUUGUGGACAAGUAGCCUUGUAUCAAAUGAUGUUGACAAAGUGAGGACAAAAGUAAGUACAAAUCACCACUUAUCAAAUAAAGUCAGCAAAUUCCACACAAAAAUCAAAGUGCCAAGUUCCGUCGACGAAGCGAUAAAAACAAAUUAUCAUGAACCAAGUACUUUCGUCAAUAAAUCUAGACAUACAGUCAACAUCGUAAAGACAAAUUACCAAGAACCAAGUACUUUCGACAAUAAAUUGAAACCAAAUCCUCAUAUUCCACAUGCAGUCGACAAAGUGAAGACAAAUCAUCAAGCAAGAAGUACAUUUAAACAAGUGAAGACAAAUGACCAUAUAUCAAGUAAUGUGAAAAAGGAAACGCCGACACAUGACCACGUCCUAAGUUCGGUCGUCAUAGCAAAAACAAAUCACAAUGUACCACAAAAGGUAGACACAGGAAAGACAAACCACCAGAGAAUAGGCAAAGUGAGAAAAAGUCACAACGCACCAAGUAAGGUCAACAAAGUAAGGAGAAUUCAUAUACCAAUUACAGUCGAGAGGCAGGUGAGGACAAAAAGCAACGUACUAAGAGUGGUCGGCAAAUUCAGAAAAAGUUACCAUGUACCAAGAACAGUCUACAAAGUUAAACCAAUUUAUCACGUACAAGAUACAGCUGAAAAAUUGAGAACAAAUCACCACGAAUCAAGUACUGUCGGAACCCCAAGGGAAAACCGUCGAAUAAAAGAAUCAUGGCAAGUGGACUCACUUAAAUCAAACAAGAUUGUACCCUCAGAUAACCAGGGCUUACUAAGUAAUCCCGCACGCCUUGGCCAUACGGCAUCCACAGCACACCAUUACAAAUUAUAUCAAGACCACACGCCUAGACGUCUUACCGGCCAUGUCAACGAGGAUCCAUCACUGCAUGGUUAUACACCUUCCACAAGUUAUGUGCAUGGCAUCAAACACUCGUCUAUAGGACAGACAGGAUCCGUUUCCAGUGAAUUUAAUGGUCCGUUAGCCCACGUGACACCAUUUGAACAGAAGAACAGGACAGCUACUAUCAUUAAGGCUUCGGGAACCAUACCCUUUGAACAAUCAACCGCGGAAGCUAUCAACCAGACAAGUAAAGGGGCUGAUGUCAUUUCAUAUCAACACGGGUUUUCUGGAAAAGGUAAAAACGAUUCGUUUUGCAUUUUGGUUUAA